CUGGGACGUUGGAGCAAAGAAAAGAAGCUUUCAAGGAGGACGAGGAACUCAUGAGAGAAACGACGAAAUUUGUGACGGAGGUUAUCGAAACAGCGGCCAUAGAAGCUUCCAAAAGGAAGGAACAAGAGGAGGGAGGUGACUUUGGCGAAGAACUAUUCAACUGGACUCCAUACCGAUAUCGCUUCACGAGACCCUAACCGUUCACCGACGACACGAACUUCCGUUUCUUCGUCGAAUGAACGAGGGCCCGAGAAUUGUAACGAGAAAUCGACGUCGAGACGGGCCUACUUAAAUCAUUCGAUGGCAAAAUAAAUAACGUGAUGUCAAUUUUUGACGUGAUAGCCGGAGACACUGAUUGCGAAUAAACACGUCUUAUGUGGAACUCUUUCGAACGAGAAUAGAUAUUACUAUAGAUAUCGAUGUUUCUCUACAUUUGAAAAUUAUUUUCAUCGUUUUUCGAUGGGUAGGGGAUAUUCGAUAAGGGGACAAAAAAAAGAACAGAAAAGAAAAGAAAAAUGCAAUAAAAUACUCUGUCUUACGUUUUCGCCGCCUAUCGACCUUAAUCGUAAAUAUUCUAAUAUUCUUUUGAUUUAUUUUUUCGACUUUAUAAAAAAAAAAAAUACUAAAAUUAUUUUUGAUUAACGCUUUCUAUCUGUUUUUGCUUUUCUUUUCGUUUCUAUGCUUUUUCCUUCUGUCUCUUUCUUUUUUUUUUUUCUUCAUCUUUGUCGUUAGCUAUCUCGGUAAUAAAUAAACUUAUACGCUUAUCCAAACUAAUACUUGUGUGAAACGAGAUCAAUCUUUUAAGGUAAUUUUCAACGGCGUAAUUGUUAAUGUUCCAAUAAGACCGACUGCUCUGUGUAUAACUCAUGUUUAGUUUAUAGUAAAAAAGCGAGUUCUUUAAAGAAUUCCGCAACCGACGUCCACCUAAUAGGCGUAUCUAUAUAUCUUUACUCUAUGAGAACAUUUAAUGCCGCUUAAGUGUUCGUAUAACGUUCUAUGGCACGUAAAAUAGAGAAAAGAGAGAGAGAGAGAGAGAGAGAGAGAGAGAAAGGAAUGAAAGUUCAUCAAUGUCAGUGUGGUAUUAUUAUACAUACAUAUAUGCAUACAUAUAGAUAUACAGAUAUACAUACAUAUAUACAUAUAUACAUACAUACACAUACACAUACAUACAUAUAUACAUGUAUAGGCUCUUUCUCUUCCUAACGAUUCUAUUUUAUGACUCGUAGAAGAAUAUAAUGUCGUGAUGACGCGACCCGGAAGUAUAAGCGUUCCAUUAAAAUUAUAAAACAUCUUGACUGUAUUCGUUAACUUCAUUAGUUAUAAAACAAAAAAUUGAAGAAGUUAAAAAUAGAUCUCUCUUUUUUUCAUGCGACAUAAAAAUAAGGAAAGAAAAGAAGAAGUCGUUUGAAUGUACAAAAUAGAUAGAAUAGAAAAUAUAUAUAAUAUACAUAUAUUAUAUAUAUAUAUAUAUAUAUAUAUUUAAAUGAGAGAAAUUGAAUGAAAAGGAGAGAAAGUAUUUUGUGAAGUGUGCCUACUCGUGAAUGUACUUUUCAUCUAGUAAACAAAAAAGGGAAUUAAAAAAAAGACAAGAAUAAAAGAACAUUAAAAAGCAAAGAAACAAAAUAUAACACAAUAUGUACGGUAUUGUUCGUUGAAUGAAAUGAUACCUAAGAAAAUUAAUAAAUGCGAUUAGUUAACUAGCACAAAAUAAUUUUGGAGUCGAGUAAUCAUUUCGAGCAACAAGAGGGAAAAGUUCAUUAACGAGGCUAAUUAGUCGCUUAUAACGAGGUCCAAAAGGGCGUGAUAAUAACGAUUCUUAAUUUUACGUUUAAUAAACGGUAAAAGAAGCCGAGGGCCAAAUAUGAAAAGCCGUAAGCUGUAUGAAUAGUAGUCUUUCAGAUGGUGACACCGUAAAUGUCGAUGGGUAAGAAAAUCAAUAAUUUGGUAGUUCGGUCACGAAUCGCGUAGCAACACCCGCGCCGACCUUUUAAAGUUACCUAUAUAUACGUGAGUAUAUAUAUAUAUACAUACAUAUGUAUAUAUAUGUAUAUAUGUAUAUGAAGAAUAUGUAUGAAUUUUUUUGUGAACUUAAAACAAAGAUUUACGAUGAUUAUUUUUGUUUAUUUUUCAAGUGGGAUCAAUAAAUAACGCCGUGAAUAUCACUCGAGUGACAAUCAAGAGAUGUACCUAUUAUGUAUCUUAAUAAAUUUUCGUAAUUAUAUUAUAUCAAGAAGAAAAAAGACAGAAGGAAAGAACGAAGAAAAUUGAAAUCUGUAAUUAAAGCGUUGAUACGUCGUCUAUCACCUUUAAAUGAUAGAUAUGUUUUGAGCAUAUGAAUGACAUUUCUUUUUCUAAUAUUUUUUCUUAAUUAUAUUAACAUAAAUAUAUAUUUACAUAUAAGUGAUAAAAUUAAGAAAGAAAAGAGAAGUUACGUGAAAAUUUAAUUUAAAACAUUUCCAAAAAAGAUAGAAAUAUCUAAUCGUGUAGGAAGAAUGGAAUAAAAAGAAAAAGGAAAAAAAAAGAGAAGAUAAAUUUCAGUUGAUAUAGAUCAUUCGCGUAGCUUCAAUUUUUCAUGAUUGAAAGUGGAAAUAGUUUAUUAUAAAAUGCGAAAAAUCGUGUAGUUUAUAAAUCGAUGUUUCCGUCUCGCGUCUGCUGAUAUAAAAAAAAAAGUUCGAAUGUAUGUAUAAUAGUGUAAUAGACGAAUCGUGUGAGAAGAAAUGAACAUUUUUGUGCUUUGUUCGUCGAAAUAAAACAUAAAAUACGUUUAUUUUUUCUUCGAUGAAUAUCUACAUAAAUACCUGAGUAUAGUAUGUUUCUUUUUUUUUUUUAUAUACUACUCCAAGUAACAUAACUAUUCCUUCUUCCUUACAUCACAUAUAUUUAUAUGAUUUUAUAUGAUUUUAUUAUAUAAAUGUAUCUGUGUAUAUAAUGUAGUAUACGUAUAUACUACAUAUGUAUAUUAUAUAUGUAUAUAUGUGUAUAUACACAUUCUUCGCGUUGCUAACGAUUAUUAUGGAAACUAUGGAAACAUGUUUGUUCGUCAGUGUUAGUAAGAAAAUUUCUAAGAUUAGGUUCCGAUCAUUGUAUAGUUUUAUUAUGAGCGUAAUACUGUGUUCGAGAAAAUCCGAAUGCGCAAUUUUACCAAGUAGAAUCUUAGACCGAUAUAAUUUUUAAAGAUGAUCGUGCAACGUUCGAUAGUACUAUUGACAGUUCGAUCAAUCGAAUUUUCAAUUUUUCUAUUAUAAAACUCGAGGAAGCAUAAUAUGUGGAGAGAUACGAAGUAGCUAUUUAUGUCACUUUAACGCGUUUCUCUGUGACAACAACGAACCGCGACAUUGACGGUCGUUCUACUUGUAAUAAGUGGAUAAUUAUGUAGAAUAUAAAAGGGGUAGAUAUAUACAUACAUAUAUAUAUAUAUAUGUAUAUGUAUUAAAAAUUUUAAUUUCCAUAGAAUAUUUGAGUAUAUAUUUUUUGUGAAACAAACAGUAAGUAUAGUUACAAUAAAAAAAAUUUGAGCCUUUUUAUAUGUAUUAUUAAAAUUAAUUAAAUUAUUUAAAUAAUUAAUAUUUUAAAAGGAAUUUAAGAAUCAUAGAACAUGGAGUGCUCUAAUGAUGUUGAAGAAGACAAUAUUAAAAAAUGCGAUGUAAUUUGCAAAGAGAAACUUUCAAAACCAUUGGAAAGGUACACAGAAGAUUCGACGUUUAGAAGUGUUCAGACAAAACGAGCUUUUCGAAUAAAGGAAACCGAUGGUAAAAUGAUAACGAUCGCAAGGAUACCUACGUUCAAUUAUCCCCGAUCUAGCAUAGAUCCUCCCUCUGAAAAAAUAUCAAGAAUAUCACAAUGUUCGAUGAUAACAAAUAAAAAGAAGAAAGAAAAGGUCCCAUCUUCUAAAAAGAGCAAACUUUAUUUGUCUCUUCGAAAAAAAAGAGCUGCAUUUCGACAAUCAUUGAUCGAAGCUAUCGCUAUAAAGAAGGAAGAAGAAGAAGAAGAAGAAGAAGAUGUAUGUUUUGAUACCAAGAAGCUCUUGAUUACGAAGAGCGAAGAGGAUCUUUUGAGAUAUUAUUAUUACGUUCUUCAUGCUAUCGAUGACGUACACAUCAAAUCGAUAGAAACUGCAACUUUGAAGAAUAUAUUAAAUUUGGUUCCAACUAAAUGGCAAAUGAAAUUUUCAGAACUUUUGAAUAAACUCCUUCAAGAAACGAAGGAUGAUUAUAAUUUGACUAUUAAAAAAGCCGUUAUUGAUUUCGUCCUGCAGGAACCUUUGAGAGAUGAUCAUGAAUUGUUCGAAAAGUUAUCAAAAACGAAGGAGAGUGAAGAGAUCAGACGAUUUUCACUGGAACACAAAUGUCGAUAUAGAAAAAGGACAUCGAAGAUGGAAAAGAUCACUAUUCUAUACAAUAAUUAUAUGUAUAAAUCAUUGGAUUAUUGGAUCAAAGAAUUCAGUUAUAAAAGAUUGAUCAAUAUAGAAAAGUUAACGUCUUUUGGAAUGCCGUAUGACCUUGCGACUUUUGAGUACAAAAUAACAAAGAUGCUUCGAAAAAUGAAAAAAGACCUUAAGAUAAAUUGGUUGCCAAAAAUUCAAGAUGUAUUCUAUAAUGUAAGAUAUCGUUUUCCUUCUUUUCAUUUACUUUUGAUAGUAUUUAAUGAUUUUGACAAAUAUUUAUCGUUUAUUUUUAUUUAUCAUAAUUACGGUAAGUUAAGGAAGAAAGAACAUUCACAUAAAGGUGAAACUUCAAUUGAUGCAUCCAAAUUAGAAAAGACUUACAAUUGUCUCGCUAUGAUAAUGGAAACGCAAUUACGAGAACUCUGUCUUAAUUCCAUAGAGAAUUAUAUCGAUUAUCUUAUGGACGUAGGUGGUAAAAACUGUGGGUUCAAUAUAAAAGUCGUCGUAAGGAAGAAAGCAAUUUGCUUUGACCCAUCUUUCACAAUGUUCGUGGAAACUUUAACAUCACUUUUACAUGCGAUCUACGAAGCUGUGACGGUCUUUCCACGUAUCGAGAGUGAGACAAUUUUUAAGAAUGCGAAAAAUAUGUUAAAGCCACUAAUAUCAUCGGAUUUGCUGGAACAUUAUUCCAACAAGAUCGCCAAAUUGAUAGAAGUACAUAAAGUUGAGAUAGAGAAACAGUUAGAGGAUUUCGUGAUCUAUACAAAAUUGAUCGAGGAAGUGGAAGAAGAGGAUGUCGUGGAACCAUUUUUACAAGCUGAUCCACCUCGAUCUUUCGAAGAAUAUAGCGAUAUCAUUGAACAUUACUAUCGACUGGGUCAUUAUCUUCCGGUUAUAUUAGAUCGUACUUAUUUCGGAAAACUUUUCGAAGUUCGUAGGAAAGAUCUUAUAGAUCAUAUAGUCUUCGAGGCUGGCCGUUUAAAAGAACUUUUACUUUCUAAAAUGGUCGACGAUUAUCAACGAGAAAUGCGAGAAAUAGGAGACCAUUAUCAGAAUAUAGCAGACCAAGCGUUGACUGUACCACCAAAUACGUCUGAACUUGUAAAACUUAAAGAAUUCAUAGAUACAGCUGAAACUGAAACGGUUUUUAUGCUUGAAAAUCGCUUAAAGGAUUUAAAAAAAUAUAUUCUCUUUUUAACAGACUACUGGAUUUUAACACCGGUUGAACUCAAAACAAAUAAUUUUGCUUUUCAAUGGUAUCACAACAUAUCUUCUAUCUUCGAACAACAUCGAGAAAUAAUCGCAAGCAAAACUGGAGAAUAUCAAAAGAUGUUGAAAGACAAAAUCGAGAAAUUUGAAAAGGAUCUCGAACUUUACGCGAAAUAUUGCGACGAAAUACAAUAUUGGGGCAAUAUCGAAGAGAUUUAUCGUUACCAGAAGAAGGCUACCAGUUUAGAAAAUAAAAUAAUUGCUGCGAUGGAAACGAUCGAUAGAUUUAACGAGGAAGAACAAUUGUUUGGUUGGGAACUCUCGCAAUUUCCAUUAAGAAAAAAGAUUGCCGAUCAAUUAUCGCCAUACAAAAAACUGUACGACGUAGCCUGUGAAGCCUUUGCGAAUAUCAACUUAUGGAUGAAUUCGAUGAUUGGCUCGCAUGAUCCAGAAGACAUAGAAACCGAAACUGGAACGGCAUAUCGAACUGCAUAUAAAUUAGAAAAGAUUUUCCAAGAAGCAAUACCUAAAAAGUUAGCUGAGACGAUAGUUGGUAAAAUAGAUGAGUUCAAAGCGCAUAUGCCAGUGAUAAUGACGUUAGGAAAUCCAUUCAUGAAAAGUCGUCAUUGGGAACAGAUUUCAGAGAUUGUUGGAUUCCCGAUAAAGGUCGAUAAACAUAUGACAUUGGCUAAGAUUUUAGAUUACGGUCUAGCUGAUUACGUUCCGAAAUUCGAAAUAAUUUCGGAAGCUGCAAUGAAGGAAGGAAAUCUUGAGAAGACCUUGAGCAGAAUGUAUACGGAAUGGGCAGAGAUAGCGUUUACAGUGAAUCCUUAUCGAGAUACCGGUACUUACGUUAUAGCUAGUGUUGAUGAAAUUCAAUUAUUGCUGGACGAACAUUUGACCAAGGCACAGACUAUGAAAAAUUCUCUCUACAUCAAGCCUUUUGAACAAGAGACGCUCGAAUGGGAAGCAAAGUUACUUUUGUUGCAAGAUAUUAUGGAUUAUUGGUUAGCCGUUCAAGCUACUUGGAUGUAUCUCGAACCAAUUUUUUCUUCGCCUGAUAUUCAGCAACAAAUGCCAGAGGAGGGUCGACGAUUUAGUGCCGUUGAUAAGAUUUGGAGAGAAAUUAUGGCCGCAGUAGCCAGUGAUCCAAAAGUUAUGUCCGUUAUUCAAAUCGAGAAGAUGUUGGAUCGUUUCAAAAAAUGUACGAAUUUACUCGAUCUCGUUCAGAAAGGCUUGGUAGCAUAUUUGGAGAAAAAGAGACUAUACUUUGCAAGAUUUUUCUUUUUAUCCAAUGACGAGUUACUAGAGAUAUUAUCGGAAACGAAAGAUCCUACCAGAGUUCAACCACAUUUGAAGAAAUGUUUCGAGGGUAUAGCGAAACUUAAAUUCACGGAUAAGAUGGAAGCAACAAUGAUGGAGUCUUCUGAAAGAGAAGUAGUUAUCUUUGAAGACAUAAUUGACACUGCUGCUGCUCGAGGACAAGUAGAAAAGUGGCUUUUAGAAUUGGAGAUUGUUAUGAAGAAGAGCGUUAGGGCACAAGUCAUACGUGCAAAAGAUGCGUUCGUGACAAAAGUUAGAUGUCAAUGGGCUUUAGAUUGGCCUGGACAAACGAUUUUAUGUAUCAGCAAACUUUAUUGGACCGCUUACACAACAGAUUCAUUUUCUAAUGGUUCUACAGGUCUUAAGGAUUACAUUCAAAUUUGUAUAAACGAUCUUAAUGACAUUGUCAAGUUGGUACGUAGCAAGCUGUCGAAACAAAAUCGAACGACUUUAGAAGCUUUAGUAACUUUAGACGUUCAUGGAAAAGAUGUUAUAACAGAUUUAUUCGAACAAGGAGUAACUCAAUCAACCGACUUUAAAUGGCUUUCUCAGAUGAGAUAUUAUUGGACGAACGAAGACUUGUACGUGAUGAUGAUAAACUCAACUUUGAAAUACGCCUAUGAGUAUUUAGGUAAUACUUCGAGAUUAGUGAUAACACCAUUAACAGAUAGGUGUUAUAGAACGCUUUUUGGUGCAUUACAUUUGAAUCUUGGUGGUGCACCGGAAGGUCCUGCUGGUACUGGUAAAACAGAAACUACAAAGGACAUGGCAAAAGCUGUUGCUAAACAAUGCGUUGUCUUUAAUUGUUCCGAAGGUUUGGAUUAUAUCGCUUUAGGCAAAUUUAUGAAGGGUUUGGCUGCCACUGGAGCUUGGUCUUGCUUCGACGAGUUUAAUCGAAUCGAUUUGGAAGUUUUAUCCGUCGUAGCUCAACAAAUUUUAACGAUUCAACGAGCGGUCAACGCAGGCAAAGAGAUAUUGAUCUUCGAGGAUACCGAAUUGAAAUUAGAUCCAACUUGUGCUUGUUUCAUUACAAUGAAUCCAGGCUACGCCGGACGAACUGAAUUACCUGAUAAUUUGAAAGCUCUCUUUAGACCAGUUGCUAUGAUGGUACCGGAUUAUGCAUUAAUAGCAGAGAAUACACUCUACUCUUACGGUUUCUAUCAAGCUCGACCAUUAUCCGUAAAAAUUGUCGUAGCUUAUAGGCUCUGCUCCGAACAAUUAUCCAGUCAAAAUCAUUAUGAUUACGGCAUGAGAGCCGUGAAAUCUGUUCUAAUAGCUGCGGGCAAUUUAAAGCUGAAGUAUCCUGACGAAAACGAGGAUAUUUUAAUGCUGCGCAGUAUCAAAGACGUAAAUUUACCGAAAUUUCUUCAUCAAGAUAUACCAUUAUUCAACGGUAUUAUGUCAGAUCUUUUCCCAAACGUGACUCUUCCUACACCAGAUUAUACGUAUUUGAACGAAUGUACGGAAAAGGCAUGCAAAGAAUCUAAUAUUCAAUGUGUUCCUGUCUUCCUCGAGAAAAUACAACAGAUUUAUGAGAUGAUGAUCGUUAGGCAUGGUUUCAUGAUCGUGGGUUUUCCUUUUGGUGGAAAGACUACAGCGUAUAGAAUAUUAGCUGAUGCUCUUAAAAUUUGUGAAGAAAUGGAACUCCUAAACGAAAACAAAGUAGAAAUAACCGUGAUGAAUCCUAAAGCGAUAACGAUGGGCCAAUUGUAUGGAGAAUUUGAUCCUGCCUCUCACGAAUGGAAAGAUGGAAUUUUAGCGGUAAGCUAUCGUACUUUUGCCGUUUCUACUAACGAAAAUCGCAAGUGGUUGGUCUUUGAUGGACCUAUCGAUGCUAUCUGGAUCGAAAGUAUGAACACGGUUUUGGAUGAUAACAAAAAAUUAUGUCUUAUGAGCGGCGAAGUGAUACAAUUAGCACCAAAGACCAAUUUAGUUUUCGAACCGAUGGACCUUGAAGCUGCUUCACCAGCUACGGUAUCGCGUUGUGGUAUGAUUUAUAUGGAACCCUCUGCGUUAGGAUGGAAGCCAUUAUUAUUAUCAUGGAUGUCUACGAUUCCAGCAAAUAUAGAUGCUUGGUUAACAAAUUUUCUUUACGAAUCAUUGUUCUUAAGAUUUUGUACUCCACUUUUCCGUUUCUUACGUCGCGGUAGUAUCAAGGAAUUGUGUCCAAUGCCUGAUUCCAAUCACUUGCGAUCGAUAACGUAUCUGAUGGACUGUUUCAUCGAGGAAUAUCACGAUGAAAAGAUAGCGAAAAAAAUCGACGAAUAUGACCUUCGAGCACAAAUUGAGGGAUCUUUUUUCUUCUCCUGUAUCUGGGCAAUGGGUGGCACUUUGGAAGCAAGUUCCAGAGAAAAAUUCAGUAUAUUUUUCCGUGGUUUUAUGGAAAAAGAAUUUCCAUUAGCUCUGAUGGAAACAUAUCAAUUGGAUGAACCAGUACCUCAACCUGAAAAACCAUACAUCUUUGUCAUGCCUAAGCACAAUCUUGUUUUUGAUUAUAGAUUCAUUAAAGAGGGUAAAGGAAAGUGGAAGUUAUGGUCUGACGAAUUAAUCAACGGUGCCCCUAUUCCUCGAGAUAUCCCAGUUAAUCAAAUAAUCGUCCCGACCGUGGAAACAAUACGUUAUAUUGCUCUUUUUCAAUUGCUAGUUCAACAUGAGAAACCUGUGCUUUUUGUGGGACCAACAGGAACAGGCAAAUCCGUUUAUGUAACUGAUUUCUUAUUGAAAAAGAAUAACUCGGCCAUUAAUAAGCCAUUAUUCAUAAACUUCUCCGCUCAAACUACGGCCAAUCAGACUCAAGAUAUAAUAAUGAAUAAGCUUGAUAGAAGGCGCAAAGGUGUUUUCGGUCCUCCUGUUGGAAAACGGUGGAUUAUUUUUGUCGAUGACGUAUCAAUGCCAUUAAAGGAAACCUAUGGUGCACAACCACCGAUAGAAUUGCUUCGUCAAUGGCUGGAUCAUUGGCAAUGGUACGAUCUAAAAGAAAUGAUACCCAUCAAGUUGAUAGAGAUUCAAUUGAUGUGUGCUAUGGCACCGCCUAUAAAUGGUGGAAAAGACGUAACUCCACGAUUCAAAAGACACUUUUUCACUUUAACUAUAUCCGAUUUCGAGGACGACGUUAUGAUAAUGAUAUUCAGUAAAAUCAUGUUAUGGCAUCUUGAUACGAGAGGUUUCAGUAAAGAAUUUGAUCCAUGUAUCGACCAGAUCGUUUUUGCGACUUUAGAUGUCUUUAAGGAAAGUCUUAAAAAUCUUUUACCAACACCAGCGAAAUGUCAUUAUAUAUUCAAUCUACGAGACUUUUCCAGAGUGAUACAGGGGGUACUCUUGUCUGUCCCCGAAGCAAUGUCCACUUUGGUAAGCAUGAAAAGAUUAUGGGUUCAUGAGAUAUUACGUGUAUUUGGAGAUAGAUUAAUCGAUGAAAUAGAUAUGAAUUGGCUCAUCGAACAAUUGCAUUUGACUUUGAGAAAACAUAUGGAAACCUCUAUGGAAGAAUUGUUUAAAGAUUUUCUUCAAGCUAGCAAAACUAAGAAGAUUACCGAUUACGAGAUGAGAAAAUUAUUGUAUUGUGAUUUUAUUGAUACAAAAGUGGAUGUUCGUUUGUACAAGGAAGUAUUUGAUUUAGAAAAAUUACGAGAAAUUGUCGAGGCUUACUUGACGGAAUACAAUGCUAUGUCAAAAAAACCGAUGCACUUAGUCAUGUUCCGUUUCGCCAUCGAACAUUUGUCAAAAAUCUCUCGAAUCAUCAAGCAACCGAGAAGUCAUGCUCUUUUGGUCGGCGUUGGUGGUUCUGGAAGACAAUCGUUGACUAGAUUGGCAUCACAUAUUUGCGACUACGAUGUUUUUCAAGUUGAGAUCACCAGACAAUAUAGUACUAAUGAAUGGCACGAGGAUAUUAAAACGAUCAUGCGUAGGGCGACUGCCACGGAAUUGCAUUCGACGUUUCUUUUCACUGAUAUUCAAAUCAAGGAGGAGAGCUUCUUAGAAGAUAUCAGUAAUAUGCUGAAUUCUGGAGAAGUGCCUAAUAUAUUUACUAACGAAGAGAAAGUUGAAAUUUGCGAAAAAAUGCGACAAAUCGAUCGACAACGAGAACGAUCCUUGCAAACAGAUGGUAGCUUAGUUGCUCUCUUCAAUCUUUUUGUUCAAAUAGCGCGUGAUCAGCUUCACAUCGUCGUCGCUAUGUCACCAAUCGGUGAUGGUUUCAGAAAUCGCAUCAGAAAAUUUCCGGCGUUGGUUAAUUGCUGUACCAUCGAUUGGUUGCAAGCAUGGCCUGAGGAUGCACUUGUAGCUGUUGCAAGGAGAUUUUUAUCUGAAAUCGAAUUGUCAGAUCACGAGAGACAAGUAGGAAUAGACAUGUGUCGUUUCUUCCACGUGUCAACGGAAAAAUUAAGUGCAGAAUUUUUGAUACGCCUCAAUAGAUACAACUAUGUAACACCAACGUCCUACCUCGAGAUGAUCAAUACUUUCAAGGAUCUUCUAGACAAGAAAAGACGAGAAAUAUUACUAGCCAAAGCUCGAUAUCAGGGUGGUUUAGGUCGAUUAGAUAGCACACAGCAACAGGUCGCGGAUAUGCAAGAAACUUUAAGAAAAUUGCAACCACAGUUGGUUACUGCUACUCAAGAUGUUCAAAAAAUGGUGAUUAAUAUUGAAAAAGAGAAUAAAGAUGUAGCAGAAUUCGAAAAAAUAGUAAAACGCGACGAAAUUGCGGCUCAGACUGUCGCUGAUGCAGCAGCUGCAAUUAAAGCAGAAUGCGAUGCGAAUUUAGCAGAAGCUAUGCCAUUUCUGCGUAAUGCUCAAGCAGCUCUUGGUACCUUAACUACAACAGAUAUUGCAGUAGUCAAAGUUAUGAAACGGCCACCGUAUGCUGUGAAACUUAUUGUCGAAAGUGUUUGCGUUCUUAGGGAAAUAAAGCCAGAUAGAGUACAAACGAAGGAUGGUAUAGUCGAUGAUUAUUGGAAGACUUCUUUAAGAAUGCUCAGCGAUGCCAAAUUUCUAGAUUCCUUGUUGAACUUUGACAAGGAUAAUAUACCCGAAAAAGUGAUAGAAAAUAUCCGUAAGAAUUAUUUGACAAAGCCCGAUUUCGAUCCCGAAAAGAUGAAGAAAGUCUCCACUGCUUGCGAGGGACUUUGUCGAUGGGUCAUGGCGAUAUCAGAAUACGACAAAGUAGCGAAAGUGGUUGCUCCAAAAAAGAAGGCUUUGGCUGAAGCUGAAGCAACAUAUUCAGAAGCAUUGUACGAGCUGAAUGUAAAACGGAAACAAUUACAAGAAGUUCAAGACAAAUUGUUUAUUUUGGAAAAAUUGUUAAAUCAAAGAAAAGCAGACUUUCAAGCAAUGUCCGAUCAAGUCGCCGAAUGCGAAUUAAAGAUAAAACGCGCAGAAGAUCUUAUUGGUGGAUUAGGCGGAGAAUACAAUCGUUGGUUGCAAAGUGCUCAAGAACUCGGAGAUAGAUAUUACCGGUUAACUGGAGACGUGAUCAUUGCCUCUGGAGUGAUCGCUUAUCUUGGUCCAUUUACAAUGCCAUUUCGUGUACAACAAAUCGCGGAAUGGGUGGAGCUUUGCACGAAUUUAGAAGUGAUAUGCACGAAAGAUUUUCAAUUACGAGACGUACUCGGUGAUCCUGUUUUAAUAAGAGAUUGGAACAUAUUUGGAUUACCAAGUGAUCUAUUUUCUAUUGAUAAUGGUAUCAUCGUUACAAAUGCAAGAAGAUGGCCACUGAUGAUAGAUCCUCAAAAUCAAGCGAAUAAAUGGAUCAAAAAUAUGGAAAAGACUAAUAACAUGAGUAUCAUUCGACUGGCACAAUUGGACUACAUCAGAGUUUUAGAGAACGCUAUUCAGUUUGGCCAACCUGUGUUAUUAGAGAAUAUUGAAGAAGAACUGGACGCCGUUCUUGAGCCAAUCCUUUUAAAACAAACGUUCAAGCAAAGCGGUGUUUUAUGUAUUAGAUUAGGUGACACUGUAAUUGAGUAUAAUACAAAUUUUAGAUUUUAUAUAACGACCAAACUGAGAAAUCCUCAUUACUUACCAGAAAUAACUGUUAAAGUUACUUUGGUCAACUUUGUGAUUACACCGGAAGGAUUGGAUGAUCAAUUGCUCGGCAUAGUCGUUGCUAAAGAAAGGCCAGACUUGGAAUCUGAGAAAAACGCAUUGAUUUUACAGAGUGCUACAAAUAAAAGAUUGUUGAAGGAAACGGAAGAUAAGAUUUUAGAGGUAUUAUCCGUAGCCGAAGGUAAUAUUCUCGAAGAUGAAGAGGCAAUCGAUAUAUUAACGUCUUCAAAAAAUUUGAGCGACGAUAUUCAUAUAAAACAGACGGCUACUGAGAUUACAGAGAAGUCGAUCGAUGCAGCUCGACUUCAAUACACGCCAAUUGCCGUUCAUUCUACCAUAUUGUUCUUCACUAUAGCUGUACUAGCAAACAUAGACCCGAUGUAUCAAUAUUCCUUAGUAUGGUUCGUCAAUCUUUACAUUAUGGCGAUCGAAAAUACACAUCCUACGGAAGAUUUGGAUCAACGUUUGAAAGAACUCAUCGAGUACUUCACUUAUUCGCUCUUUCUCAACAUAUGUAGAUCCCUAUUCGAAAAGGAUAAACUUUUAUUUUCUUUACUUCUUGUUAUUAAUUUGUUGAAACAACAAGACAAACUUUCCAUGCCUCAGUGGAUUUUUCUCUUAACGGGUGGAGUUGGUCUUGAUAAUCCUUAUGCUAAUCCAACUACAUGGCUACCUAUUAAACAGUGGGACGAAUUAUGCAGACUCGACGAAGUCACGGGAUUUUCUGGUAUUAAAAAAAAUUUCACCACGAAAAGUGAAGAAUGGAAGACAGUGUUCGAUUCGAAAGAACCACAGAACGCGACAUUUCCAGUUCCAUACAAUCAUAUCGAUUUGUUUCAAAAGCUGCUGAUAUUGAGAUGUAUUAGACCGGAUAAAAUCGUACCAGCUGUUCAAAAUUUCGUCGAAUUUGAACUGGGUUCGCAAUUUGUGGAGGCACCGACAUUCGAUUUGGUUUCUUCAUAUGCCGAUUCUAACAAUUGCAUUCCACUGAUAUUCGUAUUAACUCCUGGAGCUGAUCCAGCUCAAAUAUUGUUAAAAUUUGCUGAUGAUCUAGGUUACGGAUCAGAUCGACUAUUUUACUUGUCCCUGGGGCAAGGUCAAGGACCAAUCGCUGAGGAACUAAUAGAAAACGGUGUAACGAAUGGUCAUUGGGUGGUUCUACAGAAUUGUCAUCUCGCAAAGAGUUGGAUGCCGACGUUGGAAAGGAUCUGUGAAGGCUUCAUACCUGAAGCAAUUCAUUCGGAUUUUCGAUUGUGGCUCACUAGCUAUCCAGCUGAACACUUUCCUAUUUCAGUUCUUCAGAAUGGCAUUAAAAUGACAAACGAGCCUCCUAAAGGCUUGAGAGCUAACAUCAUUCGAUCGUACAUGAAUGAUCCGAUUAAUGAUCCUGACUUUUUUGAGUCCUGUCAUCAGAGCGAUAUUUUUAAAAAAUUAAUUUAUUCGUUAUGCUUCUUUCAUGCUCUAGUGCAAGAAAGACGAAAUUUCGGCCCUAUUGGUUGGAAUAUACCCUAUGAAUUUAAUGAAACAGAUUUGAGGGUCAGCAUUUUACAAUUGCAUAAUUUUCUAAAUGAAUACGAGGACGUACAAUUUGAAGCACUCAAGUAUCUUACUGGGGAAUGUAAUUAUGGUGGUAGAGUUACUGACGAAUGGGAUCGUAGAACAUUGAAUACUAUUCUACAAAAAUUCUAUUGCGAGGAAGCGAUCGGAGAAAAUAUCUAUUACUUUGAUACCAGUUCAAACAUUUAUUACUGUCCUAUAGUCAGAGAAUACGAUGCUUUCGUUGAAUACACGAAACGUCUUCCAUUAAUUACCGCGCCAAGUGUUUUUGGAAUGAACGAAAAUGCGGAUAUUAUUAAGGAUCAGCAAGAAACGUCAUUGCUUUUUUCUUCUCUUUUAUUGACUCAGGAUCGUCUGGAUCUAUGGCAAAUAAGGGAGACGGUUAAAACUGGAACUGGGGCGAUGACGAGCGAUGAGAUAGUCUUCAACGUUGCUACCGAUAUUUUGAGUAGACUUCCAGCGGAUUAUGAUCUUCAAACUGCGAACGAGAAAUAUCCUACAUCUUAUAGUCAAAGCAUGAAUACCGUAUUAGUACAAGAAAUGGGUCGUUUCAAUAAAUUAUUGGAUUGUAUUCGAAAUAGCUUGAUCAAUAUCCAGAAAGCCAUAAAAGGUUUCAUCGUUAUGUCUUUCGAGCUCGAAGAUAUUUAUGGGACAAUAUUGACUGCUAAAAUACCAUCUUAUUGGAUGCAACACUCCUAUCCCUCUAUGAAGCCUCUCGGUAGUUACAUAAACGACUUUUUGCAACGUUUAAGUUUUUUACAGAAAUGGUACGACGAAGGUCCUCCUAUGGCUUUCUGGCUGUCAGGAUUUUAUUUUACUCAAGCAUUUUUAACCGGCAGUAGACAGAAUUACGCGAGAAAAUAUAGUAUACCAAUUGAUCAUUUGGUUUAUGACUUUAUUAUUCUCAAAGAAACUGUUUUUAAUCAACCACCUGAGAAUGGAAUUUAUAUUUAUGGAUUAUUUUUGGAUGGUGCUAGGUUCGAUAAAAACGAAAUGGAUUUGAAGGAAAGCUUACCCAAAGUCCUUUACGAUUACAUGCCUUUUAUGUGGUUGCUACCAACAAAAAAAGAGGAUAUAAAGGAAAGACGAACUUAUACGUGUCCUCUUUACAAAACCAGCGAACGUCGAGGAGUAUUGUCGACUACAGGACAUUCCACAAAUUUUGUUAUAGCUAUGUGGUUACCUACAACAAUGCCACCGGAACAUUGGAUUAUGCGAGGAGUUGCUAUGCUUUGUCAAUUAUCAGAAUAAAAACAUUUUCUUAUCGAUUUUA